CUACUAAUUUUUUGCUAAUUUUUAAACAGAUAUAAUUAUAACAAAUUAGUUAAUAAUAUCAUCCAUUUUUAAUAAAGUUUUACAUAUAUAUAUAGUGUACUAAAUAAUAUCCAAUUUAAUCUAUUAAUUGAGAUGUGCUCUAAAUUCUUAUUAGUUUUAAUUAUAACAAUAAUCUGCAUAAAUAUAAAAGUAAAUGAUGGCAGAAAAUACCAUAAAAAGUCAAUGGGAACCGAUAAAAGUUCAAUUAAUUACAAAAACUGCGGAAUAACUAAGAAAAAGGCCGGCAAUAUUGUUGGCGGCGAAAAAGCGGCUGAAUAUGAGUUCCCAUGGAUUGUAUCGUUUCAGAGACCAAAAGGCAACUUAAUGGUACACUUCUGCGGCGGUUCCAUAAUCAAUGACCGAUGGCUACUGACGGCGGCCCACUGUUUUCAAGGUGUAUUCAAUACGACGAUGAGAAAGAUGAAAGCUGUGGUGGGAACUACUCAAUGGGCAUCAAUUGGCACUAAUGGGGCCGCCUAUGAGUUUGAAGGGGUUUUUAAUCACGAAAAUUAUGAUCCGGAAGUCUAUGCCAAUGAUAUAUCGCUAAUCAAGACUAAAAAACCGAUUGAAUUUAGUGAUUCAAAAACCAUGUAUUUUAUCAAUAGUGUGUGCAUUAGUGAUGAAAAGACCAAACUUCCCGCUACGGCCACUGUUUACGGUUGGGGUUAUCUGAAAGAAGAAGGUGAGCCCAGUCCUGAUCUAAUGAAAGUAACGGUUUCCAAAUAUGACACAAAACUAUGUAACGAUGCCUAUCAAGAAUUUGUCGGCAACUUUACGCCCCAAAUGUUUUGCUAUAUGUCUCCCGGAAAAGAUUCGUGUAAAGGAGAUUCUGGUGGACCACUUACUGCAGUUAUGAAAAAAAAGGGUACCCAAAUAGGUAUUGUAUCAUUUGGACAUGGAUGUGCCCGACCUAAAACACCCGGUAUCUAUCAAGAGGUGGGCAAAUUUCAUGACUGGAUAGUCGAAACUAUUAACAAAUAUAAAUAUCACUUAAUAAUAAAAUCUAUGUUAUUUAAAUCUGCUAUCUUAUUGUUUUUAAUUAUAAAUCAAUGCUUAUUAAGCAAAAAAUCGGGAUAUUUGCCACUAGUAGGCAACAAUUUCACUAAAUCUGGAAAUGAUUUCUAUUAUCAAAAAAAGACUAUUACGACUACGAAUGUAUAUAAAGGUCCGUCAACACGAAUCAAUCCAUCAAAUUGUGGAAAAAUUGGUAUCUCUGGGAGGAUAGUGGGCGGCAAUGAAGCCGACAUACGAGACUUUCCGUGGAUGGUAUCGUUUCAAAAGACAAUAGGCUCCAAAUAUGAACACAUUUGUGGCGGAUCUAUCAUUAAUCCCCGAUGGAUACUAACAGCUGGUCAUUGUUUUUUCGGACAUAAACAUUCAUUGGGUAAAAUUCGCGCAAUGGUUGGAUCAACAAAUUUAAAUGAUACCAAUGAAGGAAACACAUACAACAUAGAAAAACUGGUUAUUCAUGAAAACUUUGAACGAAUAAACUAUAACAAUGAUAUUGCAUUAAUUAAAGUUAAACACCCGAUUGAGUAUAAGAACAAUGGUGCCAAUCAUUUUGUUAACUGUGUUUGUCUACCGGCACCUAAUGAUAAUCCACCGAAAAAUGUCAGAGUUUACGGAUGGGGACGGUUAGGUCAGUUUGAUUCUGUGAGUAAAGUGCUGAUGAAAGUGAAUCUACAAAAGUCAGAUACUAGUAAAUGCAAUGAUGUCUAUAGGAAAUAUGUGGGACAGUUUACCAAAGAGAUGAUAUGCUACACAAACCCGGGUAAAGAUGCCUGUCAGGGUGAUUCUGGUGGACCACUAUCAGCCAUUGUCAAUGAAAAAGAGUAUCAAUUUGGUAUCGUUUCAUUUGGCCAGGGAUGCAAUGAAAACAACUAUCCCGGUGUUUAUACAAAUGUUGCACUUUAUAGAGAUUGGAUUAUUAAAACUAUCAAAAAAUAA